AUGGACGCCGAGGGAGAGCUCAAUGAGUUUUUUGCGGGCUCAUUUCCCGAUGGAAUCCCCAAAGAUAUCCUUGCCGAGCUCCUCUCCAUGUUACGGGUGCAUUCGAUCCCCGCGGAGGAGCUUUUCUACAAAUGGGAAUCAUACAGCAUAAAGAUGGGCGAGGGGGUGACCUUGACCAUGCAAACAGUGCGAGGCUUCAAACAAGAUGUCCUAGAAGCAUUGGAGCGUGAAAGCCGUGACAAGGCUGGCCGACACUCAGAAAAGCGAAACGCAAACACGGCAACCCCGCGAGGCGCGGCCGCAGCUGGCGGCGAUAUGUUUGGGAUGUUCGAUCAAUUGACACCAACUGCCUCGAAUGUUCGAACUGGGAAUGGAUUUGGAUCCGCAAAACGCAAGUCCGAAUUCACCUCGCCCGCUACACCAAGAGUCAGCAAGUUCGAAAAAUUUGGAUCGCAAGCGGGCACAAAAACACCAACCGGAACACCUGGCGAUGGAAUGCAAACAGUUCCGUUCUCCGAUCGACCGAAUCCCGGCCAGACGGUGGAAACCCUCAAUGCGCACCUAUCCUUGCCAGAAACACCAAUGGCGCCAUUUUCCGAGGCGCGCAUUAAGCCCACUGCGAAUACGGACCUCAAAAAGCUUGGCUACAAGCCCAUGGGCAUGAAAUUGUCAGAAGCAUCGGAGAUUUUGGAUGAUCGUAUCGACGAGUUCGCGACUAUAUUCCAGGCAGAAUUCAAUUCAGACGAUAUCACAUUCGGGAGUGCAGCCAUCCAGAGCACAAGCGAGAUUAUUGCCGUUGGACGAAUCGCUUCCGACAGUCUGGAGGGGAAAUUGAACCCAGCUUCCCUCGUACUUGAGACUUCGCGCCGAACCGGAGCCGGUAGACGAGUUCCCUUGAAGGUGGAUUCUGUGCCCUCAGUGAACUUCUUCCCAGGCCAAAUCGUGGCUCUCCGAGGAAUCAAUCCCUCUGGUGAAUAUUUCUCUGUCAAGGAAGUACUCCCAAUUCCCCUGUUACCACCAGCCGUAUCCUCAGCUGUGACAUUGGACAACAUCAACGAGCGACUUGAUGGAGAUGCAAACCCACCGCUUAACAUCAUGGUAGCGGCCGGGCCGUACACGGCGGACGACAACCUAGACUUCGAGCCACUACAGGAACUAUGUCAGAAGGCAGCCGAAAACUACGCCGACAGUCUGGUGCUGAUGGGACCGUUCCUGGACAUUGAGCACCCUCUUCUUGCAUCAGGCGAUUUCGACUUGCCAGACAUCAAGGGCCUGGACCCGGACACAGCUACACUGUCCGUAAUGUUCCGGCACUGUAUCUCAGCACCACUGGCACGACUUGGAGCGGCCGUCCCAAGCAUCACGAUCGUGAUGCUUCCCUCUGUGCGUGAUGCACUCAGCCGACACGUCUCCUGGCCCCAAGAGCAGCUCCUCAAGAAAGAUCUGGGUCUGCCCAAGCAGGUCCGCAUGGUCUCAAAUCCCGUCACAUUAUCGUUCAACGAAUCCGUUAUUGGAAUGUGCUCACACGAUGUGCUCUCUGAGCUUCGCCGCGAAGAGGUCUUGCAUGGUCGACCAGCAGAGGCGAACCUGCUCACCCGUCUGCCCAAGUAUCUCGUCGAGCAACGCCAUUUCUUCCCCUUGUUCCCUCCGACCGCACGGUCAAAUCUUCCGAAGCCCGGGUCCGAAGGUGGCCUGGCUACAGGUGCUAUGUUGGAUCUGCCCUACAUGAAGCUGGGCGAAUGGUGGAAUGUCCGGCCUGAUAUUUUAAUUGUGCCUAGUAUGCUGCCGCCAUUCGUAAAGGUCGUCGACAGUGUGCUAGUCAUCAACCCAGGCACCCUAUCAAAGCGUCGCGCUGCAGGCUCAUACGCCCAACUGGCCGUCCACCCCCGACUGGUGGCAGAGGACGAGCGCGAACAGAAACAGCUUAGCCACAAGCUGUACGAGCGGGCUCGGGUCGACAUCAAUCGUAUCUAG